AUGACUGACAACUUCAUUGAGGUGAUGAAGUACGUCAUAGGCGGCGUCUCUUUUGUGGCGAUAGCCGAGAAUCUCCUUGCGAUUGCAGUGUUUGCUGGGACCAAAAAGCUCCGCAUCAAGUACUACACCUUCGUGGUCAACCUGGCGCUGUCCGACUUUCUCUUCGCCGUCUUAGCCAUAUUAUAUCGGUGGUUCCAGUCACCCGUUCUCGAUGGUUUUGUUACGGCAGCAUACAUAGUCUCCAUAAUGACUAUUAUGGCCGCUGCUAUCAAUCGUUAUCUGGCCCUGUCCCUUAUGCCACCGGCUCGCUACGAUUCACUGGUGACAGGGUACCGUCUGAUCGGAGUUUGUAUCAUGUUGUGGGUCUCUAGUCUCCUAUAUGGCUUAUUGAUAUUUAACGCUUCCCGACCUGAAGUUUUCAACUUUGUACAAGUCCUUGGAUUGUCCCUGUCAGUGUUCAUAUUUUGGUUUAUCACUGCAGUUGUGUAUUUUCUGGCUUUCCGUAAGAUCAAACAGUACGCUCCACCUCUUGCAUCCGCAGCAGGCAUCAGUGCCAACGAGGAGCGAGAUCAAACCCGAGUCAAGCAGACUCGUCGUUUAUUGGUCUUGUUUGUUCUCAUUCUGGUGGUGUCAUUCAUUUCUUGGGCUCCCGCGUUCGCGAUGAGGGUGAUAGUCUUCUUUAAUCCAUCACUCUGGGCGGAUGAAAUCUUGAAAACCUUGCUGUACACUCUCUCUACCGCGAUCAAUCCGUUGUUAUACUGGUUUCGAUUGGAUGGUUUUAGAGAGGGGUUUUACGCAAUGUUCUGUCGUUGUGUCACCAAGGCAGAGCCCAGAGAAAUCGAGGCUGACCCUACUACAUACGACAAUACGGUUGCUGAGACUGGCUUGUAGAGGGCUGAGGAGCCAGGCAUAUACGGUUCA